CUGAUAGAGAGGAGAACAAGCUCAAGUUAAGGGGGGUUGAACCAAGGACGUGUGGCUUCUUGGAAAAGUGGCAUCUGUGUUAGGACGUCUUCUGCUGGUCAUCAGCCACUCUGGACUUCAUAAGACCACCGAGUCUGUGGCUCGAUUAAUCCGGAUUCUAACCUGCUUUCAAGUUCCUAACCAUGAGGACAAACGUAUGGAUUUACCAAGCUUUGGUGUGUGUUGUGGUCACUAUAUUGGAUACAGGUUUUUGUAGAAGGACUCAUCAGUCAUUACAGAAGUAUGAGAAGACUGAGAGUCACAUGCUGGCUUGCACAGGCUGUCCUCAGCCCCUGGUACGAAACAGCCGAUCACAGGAACACUGCGCCCACAAGUGCAAGAAGGUCAAAAAAAACUUCAACUGCAGGGCUUUUAACUUUCAGCGGCACAACAGGAAAUGCCACUUGCUUCCCUUUGACCGUUUCACCCACGGUGUGCAGAAGCAGGCCAAUGUCAACUUCACUUUGUAUGAAAAAAAAGAUUAUAUAAGGGAGUGUAUCAUCGGCACCAAGGACAACUACAGAGGGAGGAGGUCUUGGACAAAGUCAAACAUCACUUGCCAAGCUUGGGCAGAUAAUAACAUCAAUGAACACACGUUUUAUCCCGAUAGGUACCCGGCGCAAGACCUGAGGGAGAACUUCUGCCGGAAUCCCAACAACGAUCCCGGUGGUCCGUGGUGCUACACCACAGACCCAAAUGUACGAGCUGAGGAGUGUGGCAUACCACAGUGUUCAGAGGAAGUCUGUAUGACGUGUAAUGGAGAAGAUUACCGGGGCAAAGUGGACCAUACAGAGAGUGGCAAAGAGUGCCAGAGAUGGGACUCAACAAGGCCUCACAAACAUCACUUCCAGCCCAAAAAGUAUCGGAACAGAGAUUUAAAGGACAACUACUGUCGUAACCCAGAUAAUCGUCUUCGUCCCUGGUGCUACACCAUGGAUCCCAAAACCCAGUGGGAGUACUGCAACAUCACUGUGUGUGACUCUGACUCAAGUGAGGACACAGAUGUCAAUGUAACAACAUCCUGUGUCCAGGGAACGGGCACAGAUUACCGAGGCACAAUGAAUGUCACUCCAGAGGGUGUGACAUGUCAGCGCUGGGACUCCCAGUUUCCUCAUAACCACUCCUUUCUUCCUCAAAACUUCAAAUGCAAUUUGUGUAUGUGUUAUAGAGCCCUCAGAGAGAACUACUGCCGUAACCCUGAUGGUGCAGAUUACCCAUGGUGCUUCACUACAGACCCUAAUCAGAGGAUAGCCAACUGCACCAACAUCCCCAGGUGUGAUGCUGAGGCCACACAAAAAAUAGAGUGUUAUGAAGAAAACGGAGAGACAUACCGGGGCACUUUAUCCAUAACUCGAUCAGGGAUUCCCUGUGCAGACUGGUCACAUCACAUAAACAGUGGGGAUUCUCACUCUACAGAAUCCCAUGUAGGGCUGGAAAAGAACUACUGCCGAAACCCGGACCGGGACAAACAUGGCCCCUGGUGUUACACCAAUCCAAAUAACCGUUUGGUCUGGGACUACUGCAAACUGAAGCACUGUGAAUCAGCCACAGUUGCUCCUCAACCAAACACUCUAACUAGGGCCAAGAUAUCAUGCUUUGUGCAUAUAAACACCAGAAUAGUUGGAGGACACCAAGUGCUAGGUACAGAUGGCAGCUGGGUCGUGAGCAUCCAAAGAGAGAAGGUUCAUUUGUGUGGCGGUUCGUUGAUCAGAGAAGAUUGGGUUUUGACAGACCAGCAGUGCUUCACCUCCUGUGUUCCAGAUCUCAGGGAUUACAGUGUGCAGGUUGGUCUGCGUCACCUCAACGAAUCCUCAAGCCACCCAAGACUACGCAUCUCUCGCCUGAUCUGUGGCCCAGAAGGAUCCAACCUGGUUAUGCUGAAACUAGCAGAUCCUGCCCCUGUGUCUGAAGGGGCCUCCACUAUUCAUCUUCCAGUAAAAGAGUGUCACAUCACUGAAGGCACCAACUGCACCAUGUAUGGAUGGGGGGAAACCAAAAAUACAGGAUACGAUGAGGCACUGAACACUGUUACCAUGCCUAUGGUCAACAAUGACAUGUGCUCACAAAUCAAAGGGGAUGCUGGGGAAAGCAGAAUAUGUGCCGGCGGCAGGAGAGGAGAAGGCAUAUGUGAUAAAGACAAUGGUGGUCCAUUGGUUUGCCAGGAACAUGAGCGCAAAGUCAUCAUUGGUGUGAGCAUCCAAAGGACAAAAUGCGCCUCAUCGCAGCCUGCGCUUUUUGUUAACGUUGCUUUCUACUCUGGGUGGAUAUACAAAGUGUUCAAACUUUACCCCAGUUUGGAGAGGAACUGACGGUGUGGUGGGAAAAUUGACUCCAUACACAACUUUACCACAGCCUGCAAGAGGAGGGGCGGCUUUGGGCCAACAAAUUCCAAGACCUCUCCAGCAUAGACGACAGGGGAGAAAUGAGGAAAAUCACCUUGUGGAAAGUGGCCAUUUUGGGAUUUUGUGGCUGAAUUUGUCAUUUUACUGAGAGGAUAGAGAUUAAGAAGACUGGAUAAACCAAAUGGAAUUUCAUCCAUUUUCUACUUUGCAAAUGAAGACAUUCAGGUUGUUAGCCUUAAUAUAAUUUUUACAACCAAAGUCUAAGGCACAUGGACAGCAUACUAAUUGUAUUUUGACAUGUUCAGAAUAUCUGAAGCCAUGCAAACAAAGACAAUGAGAAUGACACUUGUGACUCAGUAUUAUCUCCUGGAAUAUACUUGAAUAUGGACAGAACCCACUUCUCUGGCGGUUACCACGAGGUAGCCUCCUGUGACUGGGAUUUCUUGUUUUUUCAUGUGUUGAGCUGGACUGCAAAACAUAUCUUUUCACCUCCAACACAAAUGAUGUGGAUAGAUAAUUAAGAUAUUCCUUAAUGUCAACAAACAUACUACUCUGGUCAUACAUUUCAGGAUAUCACAGCAAAAAUGAUAAAUGUUAUUCGGCUACUAAAAGAAUCCAACGAAAAACUGGUAAUACCAAAAAGGAGGAACACAUAAGCAUAAAAAGGCCAUGAUAAACUCACUAUUAGGUAGUACAGUCACUAAAAGUCCCUAUGAGAAAAUAGUGAUUAAGCGAAGCCUGUAAAUCCAGCAAAAGUUAAAAUUUGGUUUCAGAUAUAUGAGUAGUUAAGUAUAUAAAAUACACUGCUGCUGCUGCUGCUGCUGCUGCUGCUUGAAAAGCAAACUGCAGCAGCCUUGGCAAACCAUGCAGUGCUAAUUGUGUGCAGUAGCUGGUCUACCUUUUCCCCAGUUAGCUGUAACUGUUAGUUUCCCCAUGAGAGGAUCUAAGUAGGACUGAGCGAACUGCUCCAAAUCUUAUGCUAAUAUUUGUAGCAUGAGAGAGAGAAGAGCCAUGCCAAAUAUAACAUGGCUAUUUGGUCUCCAGUUUGGAGGGAACUUUGGCCCCUGGUGGGCUGUGUGUGGUCAGUAGGAUAUUUUAUACUUUUUUGUUUCAUGGAAAGUGGCUCCUUAUGUACAUAACUGCAGAUUUAUUGAGUAUGUUUCUGCUGUGCUGUAAAUUUUAUAGGUCUUAUAGAUCUGGAAUAUUUUUGGUUCACAGAGUAACAUCAGGCUUCUUCGUGCCUCUGAUUAUGUUAAAUAUUUAAAGAGACUGGUAGCUUGUAAGUAGUAGGUAGGUAUAUUUAUUUUUUUAAAUUAGCAGAAGACAGCAUUUGAAAAGAAUCAAAAUUUUUGGUGUGAUAUUUAGAUUUUUGGUUCUUUGUUCUGAGAGUAAUAAUUAUCCCAGAAUAACUGGGGUGCAUGUUUGACUCAGAGAUAACAGCCACACAAACAUAAUAUAAUAUGCUAGGUUACAGUAUGCUUCAUAUGAUUUAACUUUUUAAUUCAAGAGUGCCUGUUUCGGGCUAACGUAGUAUUGUUUAUCAUGCAUUUACUGUGCAUAUAUACACAAACACACACAUGCACAAACACAAAAAUUUGUCAAAUAUCUGUGAUGCAUAUAUCAUAAUUAUGUGCUUCCAUGUUAAAAUCAUGAAAAAAAAUCCAAAUCAAAUAUAGGCAUUUAAUUGAAAUACAAGAAAGUUUUAUUUACAGAAUAAAACAACAAAAAAACUGAAACAUCUUACAUCAAGUUUAUUGCAAUUAGCAUCACCAAAUAAGUGAACAACCCAAUGCAGGUGAUAGCAAAGGAGUGCAUUAUCAGUGGCUUCAUGGCUACCCAAAUGACUAUGAUUAAUAUGUGUGAUGUUUGUUAGAAGUCAGAUGAACGUUUGCUGAUGAGGGUAUUUACUUAGCUAGUUAGACUAUAAAAAGGAUGUCUCUCUUACAAAUGGGUCUGUCUAUGACCAUUUCUGAAUUAGCAAAAGUUUGCAAAUAGCCAGAUGCUGCUUAUAGCCCUAAAUAUCCUAAAUGAUGCCAAAAUGACCCUAUAAUUCCCAAUUCAUUUACCAUUAACAGCAGUGUCUUUUACUCAUGUUUGUUCUGAAUUUCACAUGGAAAACAGUACAUAACAAUAAAGGAACAAACAUUAAUACUGGGGGCUUUAAUACAAUGAAUUGCGGGUUCCCAUCAGUCAUUGAAUCAUUUUGCCUUUGGUUCAAGUGUUUCAAAAACCAUAACUAUAUACAAUGAAAUAAUAACUGUGGCCUUAAUUGUACUUUGAGGACAAAUGCAAUCCUCCAAUACCAUUGCACAGGUUAAAACCAAAGUGAAAGUCAGUUAUAAAGUAGCAAUCACAAAGAAAGCUUCAUUAAAGGCAACUGACAUGUAAGAUAGGUGAAACCAAAUAUCACAAAUUCUUGCUUAUUGAUCAGUUUUGUGUGCUCUUAUGGCGUUGUAACUGUUAUUUAAUUUACCUUUAUGUAAAUAGCCCAGUGCAUUCUGUAAAUUACAAUUUGUAUUUUUUGUAAAUAUCAUACUUAAGUAUUUUUACUUCAUGAUCAUUCUGUUUAUAUGUUUGUAUACAGUGAACUUUAAAUAUAACAGCUGCUAUUUUGUGUUAGUGAGUUGUUUUGUAUCUAUGACCUUUUCUGAAUUCUGUAGCCUUUGUAUUAUUCCUAUUUUAA